AUGAAGGGCUUCUCUGCCGCCUCUGGCUUGGCCAUUGGCGCAUCGCUCUUCUCGGGUGCAUUCGCUGCAGACGCUGCCUGGCAAACCAUCCCGUCCAUCACUGCUGUCGGCCAGCACUUUUUCUACAGUAACAAUGGCACGCAAUUCUUGCUCAAGGGAGUUGCCUAUCAAGAAAACUUCUCGCCAAACGGCACCAGCAACAAUGACAAUGUUCAAUACAAGGACCCUCUUGCCGAUGGUUCUUCCUGCGCUCGAGAUAUUCCUUUUAUGAAGCAGAUCUUCACCAACGUCAUCCGAGUCUACGCCAUCGACCCUACGGCGGAUCACGAUGACUGCAUGCAGCAGCUCGCCGAGAACGACAUCUAUGUCGUUGCUGAUCUAUCACAGCCCGGCGAGUCCAUCAACAGUAACGAACCCGAGUGGAACGUGCCGCUCUACACUCGAUACACUAGCGUUGUCGACGCGCUCAGCAAGUAUCAAAACGUCAUUGGUUUCUUUGCUGGCAAUGAGGUCAUCAGUGCCGGUAACCAGACUGCCGCUGCCGCCUUUGUCAAGGCUGCCGUCAGAGACACCAAGUCCUAUAUCAAGUCCAUGAACUACCGCGACUCUCUCGGCGUUGGAUACGCUACUGCCGAUGUGCCCGGACGAGAUCAGCUGGCCGCAUACUUUGCCUGCGAACCAGAUGACACGACCUCUUCCAGCAUCGACUUCUGGGGCUACAACGUCUACUCGUGGUGCGGAGACAGCAACUAUGUCAGCUCCAGCUACAAUGAGCGCGUCGACUUCUUCAGCGACUACCCUGUCCCCGUCUUCUUUGCCGAGUACGGUUGUAUUGAAGGCAUCCCGUCGCCAGAUGAGCGUCCCUUUACUGAGGUGGAAGUGCUCUAUGGCAACAUGACUGAAGUCUUCUCUGGCGGUAUUGUCUACCAGUGGUUCUGGUCUGAGAAUGAGUAUGGACUCAUCUCUCUCGAUGGCAACACCGUCUCUACCAAGGCCGACUACAACUCGCUCUCGUCUCAGCUUGCCAAGGUGACACCCAGCCUGACCCAGUCGGCCGACUACACCCCCUCCAACAAGGCACCUGCUUGCCCUACCACUGGUAGUGUUGCUGCAGAUGUCACCUGGGUUCCUCAGUCCUCGCCCCUUCCUCCCAACGUCAACCCGCAGCUCUGCUCGUGCGAGGAGGCUGCUUUUGGCUGUGCUGUCUCUACGGACGAUGAGGACUCCUAUGCCAAGGCGUUUGCCUUUAUUUGCGGUGAGGAUGAUGGUAAAUACUGCGACGCCAUUGCACACAAUGCUUCCACCGGAACAUAUGGCGCUAUCAGCGGCUGUGACCCCAAGGUCCAACUAGGCUUUGUCGCCAACCAGUACUACCUGGCUCAAAACUCCGACAAGCAGGCCUGCGACUUCAACGGUGUUGCCAAGGUGCAGGGUGCUUCCACUGCCAGCUCCUGUUCUGCCCUGCUUGCAUCAGCUGGAACGGAUGGUCUUGGCAGUGUUGCUAGUCCCACUGGCCAGCAAGGCACUGCCGCUGCUAGCUCGUCGAGUGUGGGUGUACCUGGCUUCAACACUCCGGGUCUGUUUGGAUUUGGAAACGCCUUCUUUGUUGCGUAUAUUGUUGCCAUGGUUGUUUCCGGAGUCGGUAUGAUUGUGCUGUAG